UUAGUCCCACCUUUUUGUGUUUCCCGCACCGUCAAUCAAAAUAGAAAAAAAUCGACCCGAAUUCACCGAAUCAACACUAGCCCGCCUUUGAUAAAAUAAUCAUGUUCGGAGUUUAGUUCAACUGGUAAUCUUUCCGCUUACUACCAUUCACGAUAUGACUGGUACGUAAAGAUUUAGCGCAUCGAAUCUGCAACUAAUCGGUGAGUUUGAGCGCUGCGGCGGAGCGAGCUGCGUCUUUUUUCAUCGCUAGCGCUAUUGCUAACUAGCUAGAUAUGGUUAGCUAACACAGCUAGCUGGCUGGCCUCGGAGUUGACAAAGUAAACAGUCGAUCUGGGCCAAAAUUCCCCGUGAAUCUCCGCUGCAAAGUAGAUUUUUUGCUGUCAGCCCCCUUUGGAUUGGAGAGUGGGGAUGCUUUGUGGGCUUUUCUGGCAAGCAGGAGUUGAAGAUUACAGAGUUUUGCUGAGUUUCCCCCCCUCUCCCUGUUAGCGCCAGAGCAGCCUCUGAAACAAGGAGAAAUGGCGUCCGCGGACGUGGACAGCAGUCAAAGCGAGUUUCUGCAAGCCGGCGGCGCAGCGGAAACACAGGCGUCAGAUAUGUCUGCCGUUCAGCUGACCGCUUCAAACCGAUGGGAAGUUCUGACCCCCGUUUCAUCUGGGAAGGAAGACCAAGGAGUUGUCCACAUUCCGAACUCUGGCAUCGUCACGUCCAAUGGACAGUACGUGCUUCCAAUCGGGAGUCUUCCCAGCCAGCCCAUUUAUGUUACAGCAUCGGGGGGCGAGGCUGCCCCCAACGGCCUGUCCGGCAUUCAGUAUCAGGUCAUCCCCCAAAUCCAAAAUGUGGACGGGACAAUUGCAGGAUUCCAGACACAAGGGUUGGACGACGGUACAGGGCAAAUACAGCUCCUCCAAGAUGGCAGCCAGGGCGCCAUUGGAAUUAGCGGCGCAACAACAGCGACCUCAGAUCUCCUGACACAGGCGGGUCAAGUUCAGUCAAUCCAAGGCGUCUCGUUGGCUGGGGGUUCGGCUUACACGGGCACCGUACCCGUGGGUCUGCCCGGCAACAUAACAUUCGUCCCCAUAAACAGCGUGGACCUGGAGUCUCUGGGGCUAACGGGGGCUCAGACGGUCCCCAUUGCAACGGGGGUAACUGCGGAGGGCCAGCUGAUCAUGAGCGGUCAGACGCUGGAGAGUCAGGGACAGGAGGGUGGUGCCAAACAGAGCGAUGCCAACGCCAACCAAGAUCUCUAUGUGCCAACCACCACCGCUUCUUCUUCUUCCAACUCCUCUCAGCUUCCGGAAACCAUCGACGGCACCGGGGUGCUCACCCAGGCAACAGCCGUGUCUGCAGGCGUGUCUGACCCCUCAUCCUCCGAAAACUUCCACUCCCACAAUCACAUGCAGCAAAUCCAGGUAUCGUCGUCCAGCGCCUCCACAAUCUCCCAGCCCAUCCUGCAGCUGUCCGGGGACAGUCAGGCACAGGCCCAGGACCUGACUGCGACAGGCCAGACUCUGCAGAGCGUGCAGCUGGUCAAUCCUGGGACCUUCCUCAUCCAGGCCCAAACUGUCACGGCUACUGGACAGAUCCAAUGGCAAACCUUUCAGGUUCAGGGCGUCCAGUCACUCCAGGGCCUGCAGUUACCCCAGGGCCAGGGCCAGGCCCAGCAGUUGACCCUCGCCCCAGUCCAGACCCUUCCCUUAACCCAGACGGGCCAGGUCAGCCUGCCCAACCUGCAGACGGUCACAGUAAACUCUGUGACGCAAUCUGGAAUUCAGUACACACAGGGAGAAAAUUCCGGCAGUCCCGUUGGUAUCCAGAUAAAAGAGGAGCCGGACUCGGAGGAGUGGCAGCUGAGCGGAGACUCCACGCUGAACCCCAGCGACCUGAACAACCUGCGGGUCCAGAUGGGAGACGAGGACAUGGAGAAUCCCGGCGGGGAGGGCAAGAGGCUCCGCAGGGUAGCCUGUACCUGCCCCAACUGCAAAGAGUCCGGAGGAAGAGGCUCCGGCAUGGGGAAGAAGAAGCAGCACAUCUGCCACAUUGCCGGCUGUGGGAAGGUGUACGGCAAAACGUCUCACCUGAGAGCUCACCUGCGCUGGCACAGUGGAGAGAGGCCCUUCGUCUGCAAUUGGGUGUACUGUGGGAAGAGAUUCACCAGGAGCGACGAGCUGCAGAGGCACAGGAGGACACACACAGGAGAGAAGAGGUUCGUGUGCACGGAGUGCGCCAAGAGGUUCAUGCGGAGCGACCACCUGGCCAAGCACAUAAAGACUCACCAGAACAAAAAGGGCGUGGUUCCCUCCACCACGUCCCCGCCCACCACGGACACCGUCAUCACCGCAGACGGAACCACGCUCAUCCUCCAGACCACCACUGCCCACGACCUCGUAGCCAAUCAGGAGAUCCCUCUGCAGCUGGUCACUGUGGCGCCGGGUGAGGUCAUGGAAUAAGAAGGGGGGGGGGGGCUUUUUCCACAAACUGGCCAAUCACAGGGACCUCUUAGGCUUUUCUUCCCCUCUUACCUUCCUUUUUUUUUGUUUUUUAAUAUGAAUAUAUACGUAAAUAUAUAUGACAAAUAUAUAUAUAUUUUAAGUGAGAGUUAUCUUACUUUGUUUUUUGCAGUCUUUUUAUAGGGGGGCAAAAAGAACAUUAAAUUGUGGUUGCUAUGUACUCAAGCGUAAACAAACACAAGAAAGUUAACACUCAAAACCCAACGUGAAUACUCAAGAAGAUGAAAUGCCUUAAUUUGUAUGAUACUCUUGUAUAAGAUGCUGGAGGUGCAUGUGUUUUUAAGCUUUGCAGGAAAUGUAACUGUAAUAGAGUUAAUCGUGUUUGUAAAAAGAGCGGGCGGGGGGGCGGGCGGUAGAACCUCAGCGGGAUCAUGUUUAUGUCACGCGUGUUCUGACUGAACCCAGCUCUCUGCUUGAAGCAGCGCAGCCCCUCCCCUCCCCCAACAGUCUGUUUUUAGUGCAGCUCCUCCAGAAACACAUUUUAGACUCAUUUCUAAAAGGUUAUUUUUAAAAAAAAAAGCUCUCUAAACUGUCCUCAAACGUGAGUUCAUGCUUACAUCCUAUUCAGUAGUGCACGAUGUCAGUUUUUAUCGAUGCAAAGCCUCGUUUUAGCCAUUAUUAGCAGGCAGCAGGUUUCCCAUAAUGCACGGCUGCAAGCAGAGCGCAGGUGUCUGUCAGAACCGGACGGCGGUGCCACAGUUCUGGAGGGAGGGAGGGGGGAACACGGAUGCAAGCCGCUCAGAGGAAGAGCUUCUUCUCUGGUCAUUCUGAGCAGAAUGUCCCAUCUGUCCUCACGAGCACUCCGUCCUUUUGUCUCUGUUCACAGAAACACUUUUGAGUUUUCUCCUGUGUUUUUGUUGUAUUCACCCCCACGUCUCGGUUUUCCACGUCUCCAUGCUGCUCUGGACAGCGUCCGACUCGUUUUUAAGGCCCAGAAGGAAGUGGGCUGCUGCAGGUGGAGAGCAUGCACUAAAGUGUGGAGGAAACUCCACCGAGGCGUUUUUUUUAGUUUUCUCUGUCAGCCAUCAUUCCAGUCGGACGCCACUUACAAAAAUGGAAUAGUUUUGUAAAAAAAAUGUCUACAUCGGGAGUUCUGGCCAGAUGUCAAGCAAAAGGAAAAGCUCGUUUUAUUUGAACUAAUGUAAUCAUUUCCUCAGUUUGUUCUCUUGUCUGUAGCAUCAUUUACAUGUAUAUUCUCUUGUUUUCACCAUGUUUAUAGAAGCCAUUACUUAGUUAACAGAAUUUGUUGUACCAAACCUUAUUUUAAGUGAUUUUACUUUUUUUUUUAAUGAAUUGGUGUAAAAAUUGAAUGUUACCUUUUGUAAAACCUUUUUUCAACUGGAUCACAAUAAAAGUCUGAAACCUUC